CCUAGGAAUGAAACUGAGAAAGCAGAGCAAUAUUUCUUUUCCUGGGAAUCUGAAAGGGUGAAGAGGACGUUAAAACCUACAGAGAUGCAGAGAUUCAUAAUAGAUGAAGGAAGAGUGUAUGAUGAAGGAAGACUUUCUCCUGAGUACCAGAUCAGGGAUCAAGAUUUGGAUCAAGUGGGAUUCUUGGACAAGCAUGUCAUAGUGGGAAGGAUUCCUGUGGUGCUCCCGGAUUCUCCAGUAUUGUAUUUCUAUCUGAUGUAUGUUCAUAUGAAAACCAGUGUUCAUGCUUCCCUGGAAACCACAGUCAAGGAGAUACACAGGAAGAUGAGAGUGGUAAAAGGCUUGAGAUGGUUGGUCAAGAGAGUGAUUGCAGACUGUGUGAAAUGUAGAUUGAUAGAGAAGAAAACCAUGGAACUGAGGCAAGCUAAUCAUCCUGAGGCAAGAACAGUUUUAGCUCCAUGUUUUCAUUCUUGUAUGAUGGAUAUUUGCUACGGAUUUAAAGGUCAAACUUAUAAAAGGUCCAGAACGGUUAUCAAGAUCUAUGCGUUAGUAAUAGUAUGUCUGCUGACUGGAGAUACUAACAUAAUGGCUUUGGAAGGAAUUGAAACUCAAGAUGUAUGUGCAGCUCUGGAGAGACAUUCAAACCGGUAUGGAGUUCCUAGUUUUGUAUAUGUGGAUAAUGGAACUCAGCUCAAAGCUCUGCAGUACGCGAAAUUCUCCGUGAGGGAUCUGGAUGCGAUGGUACAAGACAACCUUGGGAUGAAGAUAAUUGUUUCCAAUGCUAAGGCGCACUCUGAGAGGGGAAGAGUUGAGAGAAGGAUCAGGGUUAUCAGAGAAACCAUGGAGAAGAUGGGAGUGAAUAGUUCUCAUCCCAUGACCUGCCUACAGUGGGAUACAUUAUUCUCUAGGAUACCCAACUCAAUAGAUAACCUCCCUCUAGCUUUAGGAAAUACGUCAAAUGAAACUGCCCUGGGUUAUGAGAUUAUUACCCCCAAUAGGUUGAAAUUAGGGCGAAACAAUUAUAGAUCUUUGGAGGGAAGUGGGAUUGAUUUGGAAAUGAGCUCAAAUUUCACAAAGAUUCUUGAAAGAAACCGGACUAUUUACCAACAAUGGUACCAGGGUUUUAUUGAUAACCUUCAUUUUUUGAGUUUGAGGCCUAACAAAUGGUUGAAGUCUGGUCGAACCCCAGUGAUUAAUGAUAUUGUGUGCUUUGUGUUUAAUGAUUCUAGCUGCUCCAAGGAGUCUGUGUAUUGGAAACUUGGGAGGGUAACGGGAAUUAGUGGUUCUAAAGUUACUCUCAAGUAUUCGCUAAAGGCCAAGGGAAAUGAGCAAACAGUGGUUUACUGCAUGAAGGGGGGGGGCUGGUAUCUUAAUAAACAGAGCACAUAUAAUUUUAAUCACUGGUAUGAUGGAUGAUAUCUGGAUAGAAGUUAUCAAAAUUAUGAAAAUGUAUUUAUCUAGACUGCUGACGAAGGAGGAUUUCCGGAGGGCUGUGAAGGAGAGAUGGUUAGCGGAGGGGAGCGUAGAAUCCGAGAAGAGGUUGAGGAUGAGGAGCUCAAGGGAGAGUGUGGCUGAGUCUAAUGUUGAGGAGCCGGUUGGCCUCUCUUCGUCCCAGCCUUCUCCUGGUUCAUCCAGAGAUAGGAGUGGGUUCGGAGAGAGUGUCUCCGGGCCUCAGCAGGAGGAUGGCUGUGAGGAGGUGGUGAUGCUGGGUGAGGAGGAUGAUGUGUUCCUGGAGGCUGAGGAGGGGAGGACAGAAGAGGUUGCUUCUCCUAAGAGGAUGAGCGCAGUUUUGAGAUUCUCCAGGAGAGUUGUGGAGCAAACCCUUACCUAUGAUGAGAGGAUUGAAGGAUCGGAUAGGGUUUCGUUCCUUGAGGAGAUGGAUCUAGAGUUGGAUGUUCCUUGGGAGGUCAGGAUGUUUUAAGCCGUGAAGGAGUACGUGAAUUCAAAGUUCAGGAAGUUCAAGUCGCGGGGUGCAGAUAGAACUUUUUCGUUUGUUCCUGGCUGGGCGAGUGUUACGCGAGCCAUGCUGCGUGUAUGAAGUCUAUGUGGUGCCCCUGUGAAUUCCUGAGUUCUCCCUGCGGAUCUGUACAGAAUGUAUUGUGAAAAAACUAGUUUUAGGAGCUGUUUACAGACUGACUACGCAGGCGCAAGAUUUCUCGCGUGAGAGUGAACAGUUUCUGUAUUUAGUAUAUGUUUAUUUGUCUUGCAAGUGUAACCGUGCUAACCGUGCUUAUAAUUCUAGGAUCACUGCGGUAAUUAUUUUCUUAUAUAUAUGUAUGCUAUCAUUUGAGUAUAUUAUGAUUGAUAUUUGUAAAUGUGUUUGUUGGUUCCUUGCCACAGUUUUUUAAUGCCUGAGUGGAUUAUUUGUUGUAUUCAUAUGAUUUAUCACUCAAAGCUUUUUCUG